CAAAGCCCUCCUCUCUCUCUCUCUCUCUAUCAAUAAACUUUCGUUGUGUUUUGGAUGAUACGAAAGUUUGUUGGGUCUUCCUAAACUUGCCCAAGUCUUGCGCGUAAAUCUUGUUGAUCUGACAGCAGAACGACUGGCUCUCAGAGUUUUGAGUUAGGCCUCUCAUCGUUCCGAGCGUGCAACAAAUGUUCCCUGUGAUGACGGUUUUCUUCGAUGGUCUUCGAUGGUUUAGGGAUUGCCCGAGGUAGCAUAGGCUCGCAACAUCUGCACUCAUUUCGGCUCGAAUUUGACCUCCACCUACGCAAAGGAUCUGGUGACCACACAGCAUCGAUGGUCAAUCGGUGGCUCUGACCGGGUUCUAAUUCUUUCGGAGUGCCGUCAGCCCAAUCGAAUGAGCUCAUCAAUGCACUUGCGGUGCUGCGAAAUAUCUGCCAAUAAUUUACGCCAUAGAUGCAUGCAUGCACACAACGAUUCGAAGAGCUUCUGAAUUCCACCAGACGAUGGAAUUGGGCAGAAUACAUCAUCUGCAUCCCGAUUUGGCACUCGCUGGCACUCCUCAAUAAGAAUCAAGGCAUUCGGUCCUUAGAAGCAUACAGCUUUUCAUUUGUUCAUUCUCAAUAUAUCUGGAAACUCCUUUUGUUGGUACUGAGCUUCCUACGUCACGUCAUUUUGUACGUCGCUCUAACAGAUUUAUUCUUUGGGAUGUUCUGCAAGGAAACGCCGGAGGCUAUGAUUAGAAGUGGAUUAAAUCUAGAUCCCUCGCUAGCUCUAGACUCGAAGUUAUUUUGUACCGGCGGUGAUCAAUCUUUCGAAAAGCUUGUUCGAAUUAAAACGUAGAAGUCAAGUCAAGUACUGAA